AUGGAGCUCCGAUGGAUUUUGGCGGCUUGGGCUCUCCCCUCGAUCCUUGGGGAGACCUGGAACGUGGUGGACAUUUCUCAGGUGGUUUGCGAGAAGCCCGACUUUCCUGGAGCUCCCGCUUUUCCCGCUACAUACAGCAUGACCUUUAAUCACGAGGUCUUGUCCCUGAAUGACCCCUACAUUGUCAGCUUUAUGCGGGCCACAGACUCUGCCAUGACCAUCAAAUUCAAAAUGGAGGACGCGAAUGGCGAGCAAGUCAUCCCAGCGACUUGUCGAUAG